CUCAAUAUAUUCUCUCAUAUACUUCACAUAAUCGUUCACUUCCAAAGUUUGUAUGAUUACUUGAAAAUGGGAUGUCAUUGCAAACUAUUACUGGCGGUGAGCGUCGGGAUUUUUGCCAUUAUACAUAUUGUUCAAGCUCAGCCUGAUCAACAAGGAUUCAUCAGUUUAGACUGUGGUUUACCCCCUGGUGAGUCUCCUUAUACCGACCCAGUAACCGGUCUAACAUUCUCGUCUGAUGCUGAAUUCAUCCGAAGCGGUAAACGUGGUGAACCUGGGGAUACUGUGACUUAUAUCUAUAGGCAAUACAAGGAUCUAAGAUAUUUUCCGGAUGGAAUACGAAACUGCUAUAAUCUAACAGUAAACAAGGGAACCAACUAUCUAAUAAGAGCUGGUUUCUCAUAUGGAAAUUAUGAUGGUCUUAAUGUAUAUCCCAAAUUUGAUUUACAUGUUGGGCCUAACAUGUGGAUCGCGGUGGAUUUGGAUAACGACGAUGAUCGUGAGAUCAUUUACAUGUCAAAGUCAAAUUCAUUGCAGAUUUGUCUUGUCAAGACAGGAUCAACUAUACCAAUGAUAUCUACCUUGGAACUACGGCCAUUAAGAAAUGAUUCUUAUACGACACAACUUGGUCCCUUGAACCUAAUAUACCGUCGGGCUUAUACAGGCAAUUCUGGCGGCUUUAUACGAUAUCCUGAUGAUGUCUUUGAUCGAAAAUGGGUUCCAUAUAACUGGUUUGAAACAAACGUAAACACCACUCUCAAUGUGACUUCCAGUAAUCCUUUUGUAGUGCCAGAUGCUGUAAGCAGGUCGGGUAUUUCCCCUAAAAAUGUCACCCUACCAUUGGGGUUUUACAUGUUUACUAACCAUGAUAGUGACAAAGUUAAUGUCUACUUUCAUUUCGCCGAGAUCCAAACCCUAAAUGCAAAUGAUACUAGGGAGUUUGACAUUUUGUUGGAUGGAGAUAUCAUUCAUAAAGCUUAUAGUCCUAAGGUGUUACAAUCGGAAACAAAAUACAACAUAUCUCCACAAAAAUGUGGAUUUGGCUCCUGCGACUUAGACCUUGUAAGAACUCAAAGAUCAAAUCUUCCACCACUGAUUAAUGCUAUUGAGGCAUUCACGGUUUUGGAUUUUCCAUAUGCUGAAACAAAUCCAGACGAUGUCGCUGCUAUGAAAAAUAUCCAAGAAAGUUAUGGAUUGAACAUAAUAAGUUGGCAGGGAGAUCCUUGCGUCCCUGAACUCUUAAAAUGGGAGGAUCUAAAGUGCAGCUACACAAACAAGUCUACUCCUCCAAGAAUUAUAUCCUUAGAUUUAUCAUCCCACGGAUUGAAAGGAGUCAUAACACAUGCCUUCCAAAAUUUGACUGAGCUCCAAAAAUUGGACUUAUCAAAUAACAGUUUGACUGGAGAAGUGCCUGAAUUUCUAGCCAGCAUGAAAUCAUUAUCGAUCAUAAACUUAAAUUGGAACGAUCUUACGGGUCCUCUUCCCAAAACUUUUCAUGAUAGAGAAAAGAGUGGGCUAAAGCUAACGGUCCAAGGAAACUCAAGGAUUUGUGCUGAUGCAUCAUGCAAAGUUAAUAACAAUCAAAAGUACGUUUUACCAGUUGUUGCAUCAGCGGCUUCUGUGCUCAUCAUUAUAGCUAUGGUGAUUCUUAUUCUCGUUUUCAAAAAGAAAAGGCCAACGCAAGUUGAUUCCUCAUCUACAGUUCAACACGUGCUACCAAAAAGUAGGCAGUCCAUAAUUACGCAGACAAAAAGAUUCACCUAUUCAGAGGUGGCGGCAUUGACUGACAACUUUGAAAGAGUUCUUGGAGAAGGAGGGUUCGGGGUAGUGUAUCAUGGUUCUUUGAAUGGUACGCAACCAAUAGCUGUUAAAUUACUCUCUCAAUCUUCAGUACAAGGCUAUAAGGAAUUCAAAGCAGAGGUUGAACUUCUUUUGAGAGUUCACCACGUCAAUUUGGUUAGUUUGGUUGGAUAUUGCGACGAAGAAGGCCACUUGGCCCUCCUUUAUGAGUAUGCACCCAACGGAGACUUAAAACAGCAUCUCUCAGGAGAACGAGGUGGCUCUCCAUUGAAGUGGUCAAGUAGACUAAAAAUUGUCGUCGAAACUGCACAAGAUAUUAUCGAACAAAUAGGUUGAAUGAAAAGAGUGAUGUAUAUAGUUUUGGGAUUGUAUUAUUAGAGAUCAUCACAAGUCGACCUGUUAUUCAGCAAACCAGAGAAAAGCCGCACAUAGCAGCAUGGGUGGGAUACAUGCUGUCUAAGGGAGAUAUUGAAAAUGUUGUGGAUCCCAGACUCAAUAAAGAUUAUGAGCCUACUUCUGUUUGGAAGGCUCUUGAGAUAGCAAUGUCUUGCGUGAAUCCUUCUUCAGAGAAAAGACCAACCAUGUCUCAAGUUACUAAUGAACUUAGACAAUGUCUAACGUUAGACAACUCAAAGCGAGGAGGGAGAGAAGACAUGGGAUCAAGAAGUUCUGCUGAAAUGAGCACAAGCUUCACAACCGAAAUUAUCCCUAAAGCACGAUAACUUAUGCCAAAAAAAAUCCAAUGAUCACUAAUGGUUUUGAAAUUUCUCGACUUAUUUUACGAAAAUUAUUUUUUUGUUGGUCAUUUACUUCUGAUUGUGCUCGUAUGUGACAUUAUGGCUAUUAGUGUGGGUGUUUUGUUUGGUUAGUGUUGGUUGAAGACUUUAUUUGUCAUAAUAUUGAUUUAUUUUUGUUCUUUUUUUUUCAAAGGGAACUAGUUCUA